AUGAAUUUUUACGAUAUAGCCAAUUAUGACUUUUUGGCUGUGGUAACUAGUGGAAACCCUCUCACUCAUACGGUCACUGUCUUUCGGGGAAGGUCGCUUUCAGCAGAACCGACUGUGGUGUCUGUGGGAUUCAUUUCAGUGAUGAGCCACAAACAGACAUGUUUUCCUGCCUCUACAAUUUUCUAUCUAACUGCAGUAUAUUAGAGUAUUUGCGAACCUGGUGUGGAUUCUAUUAUACUGUUGAGUCUUCUACGGGUGUAGUCAGAGACGACGGACCGCCUGAACUAAACUAGCCGCUGAAGUCUCAUCUUGGCGGGGUUCGCAUUUUGUGUAGCACCGAGGACCCUGGUUCUGAGAACCCCCAAAAUACUAAGAAAUAUGGAGAAGUUGGAAAAUGGAAACAGAUCAGAGGAAGAGUGUGAAUCUCACGAGGUGGAAGAGGUGGACCCGAGGAUCCAGGGGGAGUUGGAGAAGUUGAACCAGUCUACAGAUAACAUCAACCGCUGGGAGACUGAGCUGGAGGACUGUCGCCAGAGGUUCCGUGCGGUGCUGGUAGAAGCCACAGUGAAGCUGGAUGAGCAGGUGAAGAGGAUCGGCAGAGCUGUAGAGGACUCCAAACCUUACUGGGAGGCCAGGAGAGUGGCCAGACAGGCCCAGCUGGAGGCCCAGAGGGCGACGGGAGAGUUCCAGAAGGCGGUGGAGAUCCUGCGGGCGGCUAAAGAGACCAUCGCCCUGGCAGAGGAGAGACUCCUGGAGGAGGACAGCAGACAGUUUGAUUCAGCCUGGCAGGAGAUGCUCAAUCACGCCACCAACAGGGUAAUGGAGGCGGAGAUGGCGAGGACUCGUAGCGAAUUAGAGCACAGAAAGACGGCGAACCACUACAACGCCUGCAUCAGUCAUAUGAGACAGCUGGAGAAGAAACUAAAACGCACCAUCAACAAGUCCAGGCCAUAUUUUGAACUGAAGGCAAAAUACUACUUACAACUUGAGCAAUUAAGACAACACGUAGACGAGUUUCAGGCGAAGCUGACCGUUGCCAAGGCAGACUACCGCACAGUGCUGCGUAACCUAGAGACCAUCUCUGAGGAGAUCCACGCCCGGCGACACUCCAUCACCAUGGGAACCAGAGGGAGGGGUGUGGGGGCUGAGGGGGUGGGGGGGAAUGAGGACAUCACCAACUUCAAGAUGGAGUCAGACGGACUGUCCAUGGCAUCUGUGACGUUUGAUGAAGGCGGUAACAAUGGUGGAUCAGAGGAAGACACAGAAACUUACACCACUUCCACUUCCGCUCCCCUCGACAUGCCCUCUUCCUCCCAUCAUCCCUCCUCUUCCUCCCCCUCCUCUUCUCUCCCUCCCUACCCCUCCACCCCUCUGGACCUGCCCUGCCCCUACCCCUCCUCCUCAUUCUCCACCCCCUCUGCCUACCUCUCCCCCCCCCCCUCCCUCAUGUCCUCGUCCUGUCCCAGUGCCAUGGAGGGACCCAGUCCUGGCGGCUGGCUAAGCCCAGAGUCGAGGUGUGGUUCCGGGCAUGACUCUCCUCUCCUCGGCCCCCGCUCCCAGUGCAGUGGAGCCUCCUCCCCAGACCCAGACUGCGACCAGGAAAGAGGGGACAGAGCAGAGGGCGCGGAGCAGAAGUUGGAGGCAGGUCUGAGUAAGCUGACCCUGACAAUAAUACACCCACUGCAUCCUGGGAACGAUGACCCCAAGGAUGACCCCAAGACGACUUCCAGCUUCGCCCCCACAACCCAUAUCCCCACCCCCACCAUCCUCCUGACCAACAGUGCCUAAUGGACAGACGGCUUCACCUCUCACCUCUUACCCUUGACUCAUGACCUUUAACCCUGAACUCUAACUCUGAGCCUUUCUAUGAACUUCAGUCUGGACUUUAGUAACAUUACAAUGUGGUUUUGUUCACUCCAGGGACAAAUCUGAAAUCAUACCCUAUUCAAUACAUAGGAAAUAAGGAAUGGUGGCAAUAGCGUGCCAUUUUGGAUCUUGCCCAGAAAUGAUCUGAAAUAACCUGAAAGUGGAAAUAAACUUUGGGAUUGUGAGGGAUCAUAGCCAGGCGAGUCUAUUGUCUACACCUUAAAAUACUCAGAACGAAGGAACGGUGUGAAAGAGACAUCACUUUGGCUGCAUCCCAAUUCUCCACAAAGGGUGCACUUGCACACUCCCUCUCAUGGAUUUAAAAGCUAUGGAUUGGUGUAAGCUGGGGGAGUUUCCACUAUUGUGACAUGUUGGAAUGACCCUAGAGAGAGAGAUGUAAAUAUCUGUUGAAUCUGGGGAUUCCCCAGAGACAGACUGUGACAUCAUGGCACUGAGCCCUGGACUUAUGAGCUCCCCUCAUCCCACAGUGUGUGUGAGGGGCAGAGGUUGCUGUGGUCUCAGCACGUGUGUGUGUUAGAGGAACAGCAUGUUACUGCUGUUUUUCUCCCUCACAGAGACUGACUGGGAUUGUUUGCAUUUACUAUGUGUUGUGUGCGUUUGUGUGUAUCUGUGCGUGAUAGGUAGGGCGACAGUGUGUAGAGUCUGUUUCAGUGCAGUUGUAGUGUUGGUGUAUUGCUCCUGUAUGGUGUAUGGGGAGAGUACAGCCUGACUCUGGUAGAGAGAUAUUCUAUAUUUAUGCUCUCUGUCUCUGCCCUACACUAUGUAUCUGUUAGAAUAAAACACGUCUGAGAUGUUUGAUUUCUUAGACACUGACGCACUGUGGCCUCACAAACAGGAACCUGACACCAGGCAGCCCCCCCCAACACAAAGUCACCAUUGUGUCACUCCCUCAAUGCUAAUGAAUGUAAACAAACACUACCUGACACACACACACACACACAAAAGCUGGCAAGAGUGUUUUCUUCCUGCUGCUCUCUCAGCUGUUGCAGUGUUAUCUCAUGACUUGAGUUAGAGCUCUGAGACUCCCUGCUGACAGAAUGAGUUCAGCACACACACACACACACAGACAGGGUGCUGUGUCUCACACUUUUGAAAAUACGUCAUAAUCACUGAUGUGUGAUUUGACCUGGCAUACACAAUAAACCAUCUCUCUCUCUCUC